GUUACUGGGGUAACGUCAACAUCGUCUCUCGACUUGGCUGACUUUCUGAGUUUCUCUAGAUGCUCUGUUGAAAACUGUCUCUUUGGGAAACGAAUGAGUUGAACAGUGACGAAAGCUGGACAUUUUCGAUGCGUAGUCUGUCGAAGAAAACGACAAACAACGAGUUCAGUUGAAGUUUUAGGCAUCAUGGCAAGCCAGCGGCCUCCCUCAGGCAUGGGCCGCCCAGCAAGCCGCAGUGGAUCCAUGGUCACUGGAGCUGGAAGGCCCCCAACUGCCAUCCGACCUCCUCCUACAGCGAUACGUGUCGCAACUGGGAUGGUUCCAGGUACUAGUGGUCAUCCUGGUAUGAGGGGUGGCAUCCCCAUCGCCACUCCUGGGAUCCUGUCGGCACAAAUCAAAGUAACUGACAGGCCUGUGACCCAGCAGGGGCUCAGUGGGAUGAAGACUGGCAUGAAAGGUCCACAGAGACAGAUUCUGGAUAAGUCCUACUACUUGGGCCUUCUCAGGAGUAAGAUCAACGAGUUAACUACAGAGACCAGCAAGUUACACAAAGAGAUCGACAACUACAACCAGGAGAACUCAGUUUAUCUCUCCUAUGAGAAGAGAGCAGAAGGCCUGGCUAACGAGAUUAAGGAUUUACAAGGCCAUCUUGCGGACUACAACAUGCUGGUGGACAAGCUUAACACCAACACAGAGAUGGAGGAAAUGAUCCAUGACUAUAACAUUGUGAAAGCCCAGAAUGACAACGAGGAUGAAAGCAUUGAUAGCAUCUUCACUGAGAGGAGAGAGAGAGAGGAAGCCAUCAGAAUGAUUGAGGAGGAGAUCAGGAAGGAGAGGAGGGUCGCAGACGAGGUUGUCCAGGCAAUGCCAGCUGCAAAGCAAGAAAAGUACAUCUCCAUGACAACAGCCAAUGAGGAGCUGCUACAGGAGCUCACUGUUCUUCAGGAGGAGCUGGACAUUCUGAUAACCAGGAAGGAGGACUACGAAGCAGAGCUGUCCCACUCGCACAUAAAGCAGGAAGUGGUUCGGCUGCACGAGACUCUGUCAGUGCUGGAGGCGAAGCGUGACUCCAUGGAGGCCGAGCACAAGAGCCUGGGCUCCCCGCAGGAGGAACGAGAGAAGUUAUUAAAACAGGUGAAGGAGGACAAUCAGGAAAUUGCCAGCAUGGACAGACAGCUUACAGACAUCAGAGAAAGGACCGCACAGAUCUCAGAGGAGAUCCGUCAGCUGGAGCAGGACUCAGAGGAGGCACAGGGGGAAUGUCAGCAGAAAUACAAGGAGCUGAAGAGAAAGGAGGAGGACAUUGAUCAGUACAUGGGGACGUAUGAGGAAACGUGGGCCAUGGAGCAGGAGAAGAUAAAACGGUGCCAGGAGAACAUAGUCGCCCUGCUGGAACACUGCAGCCGGAACAUGGUGCGGCUACAGCAGGUGGAUCGAGUGACAGCUAAUGAGCUGAAGGACAUGCAGGAAGUGCUGGUCAGCAAGGAGACAGAGGUGGUUCAGUCAGAGAGCACCGCCAGAGGAUUGACAACUGAGUCGCAGCGUCUCCAGCAGGACCUGGAGAAGAUGCAGCAGUUAGAGGGGAAGAUCUCAGGUGAGCUCAACACCCUAAAGGAGCGAGUCAGCACCAUGGAGACUGAGCUGCACAUCUACAGGGACCUGGACACUCUGAGGCAUGAGGCAGAGGAGAAAAAAAAGAGACUACAGGAGGAGCGAGUGUCACUGUCUCAGCGUCAGGAAUCUUUCAAACAGCUGCUGGAUGAAAUGAACCAGAAAUAUGAAGCACUGAAGACAAAACUACAAGAAAAUGAGACUCAUACUCAGCUGGCUAACCUUGAGAGGAAAUGGCAACACCUGGAGCAGAACAACUUUGUCAUGAAAGAGUUCAUCGUCUCUAAAUCUCAGGAGAGCGACUACGACUCUGUCGCCAAGAACGUCUUCCAACAGGUCGACGAGUACAACAAGAGUCUUAUAGAGUCUCUGCAGAACAAUCGAAGUUAAACAUUUCCAAAACAAACGCACCACAUUUCAGAUUCUGCAGCAAAACACUAAAAACCAUCCACACAGAGAACAUACAUGUUAACUUUAAGUAUCGCUCUGUAAGAAGACUCGUUUUCUGAAUGUUUGGUUUUCGAUUUCUGGUCGUGAACAAAGUAACAUUGUGUUAUCAGUAAAAGGUAAGCUGCUUGUAGUUGUUGAAAUAUUCCACUUUUUUCUAUUAAGUCAAAGUAUUUAUCGUCUAAUACAUACAUUUUCUAUAUAUGUAUUUUGUGUAUAUGUUAAAGCAACUAAUAAUUACCUGAAUAAAGUUUUUAUAAAAUAAAAAGUCAAUUUAUGAAGCUAGCUGGCUACAAGUGAAUUACAGAUACUUGAGCUCUGUUCUUAUCAGCUUCAUGUUUCAACUAAUUUAUCUACAAUAUCUCUCACAACAAAUGUCAGUAUAUUAUUCUGUUAUAUUGGAGUUGUUUUGCUCUUUUCGUUUCCUCCAGACUGCAGAUUCCAGUCAUUUGUGCGAACGAUAAAGAAAUAAAGGUUUGACUCAAGGUGUGUCAGUCAGUAGACAGUGUCUGCUUUUACCAGUGUCACCAGUGUUACCAGUGG